UGUACGUGUAUGUACACAUUGUGCCGUAAUUCAAUUAACCGGUCUAAUUAUCGCAAUUAAAUCCAUCGGAUACACUCGGGUUAACAGUUACUUGAUUGGAUUGACCUUUGUGACCUCCAUUCUCCAUUUCCAAUUACACGCUUAUCUAAAUAUUUAAAAUAAUAUACCCGGGGCAUUAUGUUGUAUUGAAUUGUAUAGUGCAACUUUAUAACGUCGAUAUAUGACGAAAUUAACAACAGAAUUUCGGUUCGUUUGUAAUGCUUGAUGUGUGGUUUAUUACUGUCAAUAGUGUUUUUUUCUGUAAGAUCUAUCGCACAACUCAUAAACGACUUGGUUGACAAUGACUGAUCUAAAAGUAGCAGUUGUUGGUUCAGGAGUAAUAGGUUUAACAACAGCAAUUGAGUUACAGAAAAGCAUCAGAAACGCAAAUGUUAGUAUUUUAUCUGACGGUUUCAAUGAAGACACGACCAGUUGGGUGGCAGCGGGGAUCUUUAGACCUGGCGGUGAAUUUAAAGGAGAAAAUAAAGAAAUUACGCAAAAAUGGAUAGACGAUUCCUGGUAUUAUUGGAAAAAUAUACAAGACAGUAGAUAUGGAGCAGAAGCUGGAGUUACUGAAUUAUCGGGAUAUACGUUUUCAAAUAGAUCUGAAAACGCAGUUAGAAAUCCGUACAUCGAGAAGCUGGUUCCCAUCUACAGACCCGCUACAGAAACAGAGCUAACUUCGCUAUGUCCGCAAAAAUGGAAGUUCGGUUCUUAUUACUCAACUUUACUUAUCGAAAAUAGCAUUUAUCUACCGUGGGCUACAGAAAAGUUCAAAGCCGAUGGAGGAACCGUUAUACAUCAACGCGUUGACAGUUUACCUUCGUUGGGAGAAAAAUAUGAUAUUGUUGUUAAUUGUGCAGGAUUGGGGUCGCAAACUUUGUGCAAUGAUGACGAGCUUGUGCCUGUUCGAGGACAGGUCAUUAAGGUAGAUGCACCAUGGCUGAAAAUGUUCUUUUAUGCGGAUAGCUCCACCUAUAUCAUCCCAGGCUUCAAAUCAGUCACAUUAGGUGGCUGUAGAGAAUUGGGUUCCUACGAUUUAAACCCGGACAAAUACGUAUCCCUAGGUAUUAGAGAACGGUGUGAAAACCUAGUACCUAGUCUCAAAGGGGCUAGAGAAAUUAGAACGUUGGUAGGGUUAAGACCUUACAGAAAAUCUGUAAGAGUAGAAAAGGAAACCAAGAUUUGCAUGUGUGGUAAAAAGGUGAAGAUUGUACAUCAUUAUGGACAUGGAGGGUAUGGUGUGACUGCUGCUCCAGGAACCUCUCUACAUGCUGUAAGAUUAGUUAAAGAGAUGUGGGCUGGAAAUAGUAAAUUAUAAUACAAAUAAUAAUUACUGGUUUUUGAUAGAUAUAAUAAGGAUAGAUUUUACCUAUAACAUUUAACCUAUAACAUUUAAUACAAGUAAUAAAUAGUAUAAAUAGAAGUAAUUAAAAAAAAAUUAUUGAAAAUUAAUCUAAGAUUAUCCAGCAAGCACAUAAGCAACUCAUCUUAUUGAGCUGCAAUUCCGAGAUCUUUAAGUUCGCAUGCAAAGUACUUUUAAUCCCUAAUAUCCAUGCAACCUCCGGAUGUCUGCAACAGUAUUACUUUUAUAGCACAUCUUUACUAAAAUUGGUCAUAAAAAAAUUAAAAAAUUCAAAAAAUAUAUAUAUAUAUUUUUAAUAAAUAAAAUUAAAACAUUGUGAUUAGUAUUUACUUGAACCCAACUUGAGAGAGAGAUGAUCCUAUGUUCUUGGUAAAAGAAGAGGACUGACUAGCCAAAGUAAGUAUUAAUAAAAAUAUUUAGGUAACAAUAAAAUAAAAAAGUAUUUCAAUAUGUAUAGUAUAUUUGUUCUUUGUUAGUUUAAUAUUUUUAAAAAGGAGACAGGAAAUUAUUUUAUUGCUUGAAAAAACAAACAACAAAUUUAAAUUGCUUUCUACGAAACAAAUAUGUAAAUUAAUCACAUGUGGCUUGGAUAUUUUUUGUUUAUGCUAUAAAGUAAAAUAAAUAUAUGACAAUAUAUUAGAAGAGGAUAAGUUAUAUUUUUAAAUAAAAAGCUUUUACUUUUUCACAACUUAGAUAUUGAAUAAAAAAAGAGAUUUACCUACAUGUUUAACUUUUAAUAAAGAAUAUUAGCGUCUUGAAAAGGAUAUACUGGAUCUUGAUCAAUUACUUCUUUAUAGAAAUUUAAAUUUGGCAACUCUCUCCAUUCAGCUCCAUAAUGCUCAACAAAUUCGCCACGAAUACUGCUUUCUGAGGAUCCACUCGCAAAACAUCAGGAUUCAACUUUACUAAUGAUUUACCACGUUUAUUAAGGCUUUUUGAAACUCCACAAUCGUUUCUAUAAUUUACUUCGCCGUGUACUGUAAUAUUAUUGGUUUCUUCUAUCUUUCCAAAAUAAAUCUUUUGGCACAGUUAAACUGAAAAUACCAGUUAGUUGGAGGUUUAAGCACUGACGUAGUUACUUUCAUCCAAUUAAAAUAAUCCCAGUUUUUUCCUAAAACCAGGACACUGGCAAAUUCUUUAAUUAUUUUGAAAUAUUCUUCUGGAUUUGCAAUUGCAGGGUAUUUUUUUUUUACUUUUCGUUCAAUUAGUCCAAAUACACGAUCAGGAGAAAAAAAUAAAUUCAAUUUUAGAGAUGUGAUUUGAAGCCAAUCUAUAAAGCCACGCAAUGAACAUUCCAGAAACAAUUGAGUUUCUGUUCUGACCAGCGGAUUCAUCAGCAAAAAGACGAACAGUGGUAUUUCCUUCAGAAAAAUUGUAUUUUGAAAGAUAAUUAAAGAGGGUUGAGGCUAUGAUACUAGAGUUUUUUGGUAGUUGCUGAUCUGUCCACAGAUAUGAAGAUACAUUUUCUAGAUUUAACCUUGCAGUUGAUGUCCCCUUUAGGACUGUAAAAUUAUAUAAAUAAAAUUGCUGUGAAAAAUAAGCUGACUGAUCAACCAGUUUUGGUAGAGCCAGAUUUUUCUGACAAUCUAAUAAGAAACACUGAAUGUUAUUGUGUUCUGUUUUAAGAUACCAGUGAAAAGCCUAUGCCUUCAGCUUGUGUACUCUAUUCGCUACCAUAAUUUCAUUUCUAAGGUUUUGAUUUGCUUCAGUCUUCAGUUUUUCUUGCACAUAUCUGUAAGAGGUGUUCCGAAGCCUAUGUUGUAGUUAAUCUUGACAUAAUUUCUAAAUAAGCAUUCUUUUACUCUUAAAUGCUCAUCCACUGAUUCAUUGUACAUUUUAUGAAGUUUUCGGAUAUUUAGCUCACUAGGCAAGUACCUUUCAGUACUCCCUGGACCCUGUCCUUUUUUAUACGCAAGAUUUAAAAAAAAAUACGACAAACUUUCGCCCCUUUUCCAUCAAAUUUCCGAAUGCUGUACUUAAUUGUAAGCGAUUUCUUUCCGCGAGUAUUACCUCGAAUCCUGGACUUCUUUGGUUAGUCAACGCUGCAAUACUUAUGUAUUAGUAUUCUUGGUAUAGUUUGUCUUUUCUUUUUUAAAAUAAGUCAUGUAACGCUUUUACAUCGCACAUAAUUAUAUUCCAAGUAAUUUUAAUGUUUGCAGUCUGGAAUUUUUGGGAGGUCACUUGCCCCAUAUCUGCCAAAAAAUACAACGCAUUCUUCUCAAUCUGUUAGAAUGGCAUGAAAAAAAUUACUUGCAAGGAAUUAUUCCGUAGUUGCCUCUUAUGGGUUUCUGGUUGCUUCUGUUUUUUUCUGCUUUUAUUUGGAAGUUUUUUUGUCAAUUUGGUUUCAAAUACUUCCAUUUUCCUUAUCAAAAAACAGCGUGCACUUCUAAACAAAGCCCAAACGAUACUAUUCUUGGAUACUAAUUAAAAAAGCAUGUUUGUUGUUCGUCCGUUGACAAAAUAUUGUCCGUUAGCAGAACGCAGCUCAACUAUUUGUUAAAAUUUACUUGGCGGGAUAUGUACAGCUGCAAUUGGCGGAUUUUGAAUAUAAACGUGAAUUUAAUGUUUAAAUUACCCAAGACUUGGCGUAUUUUGCGAUUAAAUGAAAAUUCAAAUACGUGUAGAAUGCAACUCCCUUUCCAGAGUAUCUCAAUUUUCGUAUUUUUUUGACUUGGCGGGUUUUGCAUCUAUACGACUCACAUACAGAGUGCAAAGUGAUUUGUCAAUGUUGCCAUUAUCUUAAUUACAGGUACUCUUGAAUAGAUACAGAUUUCAUCAUCCGUUUGGCUUUAAAUGAUCAAAACUUUAUUCCGAAUAGAAUUCACUGAGAGAAACGUUUGUUUAAUGUUAAGAAACCUUAUUAAUAUUUAACAUAUGGUAGGUUUGGAUAUGGCCGAACUUACGUAAGUUCACUAUAACCACGUCAUAAGUUAAAAGCUCAUCAGUUAAAAAAAAAACACCGAUAUAUUAAUAUUAAACUUAUUUACUGGUUUAAAAUGAAAAUAGAUUUAUUAACAUAAAUCAAAUAUGUUAAAUGUUAACAAAUAUAUGUUUUAACGUUAUAUUUUAAUUGUUCAAUACAACAUUUUGUUACGUGCACAUUUUACCUUGGGAAUAUUUUACCCUAAAAAGAUAAAGAUGUCUUAGAAAAAAAAUGAAUUUAUUCGUAAUAAGAUAAAUCACAAUAUUAAUAAUAGUUUUCAGUCAUCUGUGUUUCGAAACCCUAAAAAUAAUAAAUAUAAAUAACAAUAUCAAUAAGAUAUUUAGGAACAUAAAACUUACCAAUAGAUUUAAUCACACCCUUAUUUCUCGCCUUCAUCGUCUGCAUAUAUUUUACUAAGUGUAGUUUUAAUUCUAAAAAACAAUACAAAAUAUAAAUCGACAUUAGAUACCUCACGAUGAGUAGAAUGUUAUUCCAACGAAAUACUAAAUUAUAAAUGUUUACCCUAUUUAAAUAAUUUAGAGAAAUUUAGUUAUUUAGUUAGGUAAUUUAGGGUAGAUUUUCUUUAAAAUCUUUAUUAUGAUUUUAUAUAGGACUUGUUUAUUUCUAUCAUGUCAAAGUCAUUUUGUUGUCAAUUUUCUUCUUUUUCAAAUACUUCUAAUUAAUUAAAAUAAUUACAUUAAGGUACAACAAUCAGGUUAAUUUAGAUAUCUUAUCUGGACAUGAACUGACCACUGACCACUUUUUAUAAAUCUUUUUUUAUACUCUCAUAUCUGACCUUUUGAAUAAAAUGGCUUCUUGCUGAACCACCUGGGUUUAAGUUUUCGAAUUUUCGGAUUUAUUUGGCCAGUAUUUUUAACCCUCAUCUUAAUUCUUACAAGUUAUGUUUCAUUUAAGUUGAAUCACAUAUUGUGGAUUUUAUUGCUUGUAAAAGAAAGGCCCCUCACAUCUGUGGUAAGUUCAACCUGUCCAUGCUUUCCUAAAAAUCAAGUAUUAAUAAUGUUGUUUCCUUUUAGGCCUUUAAGUACUUAUUUAAGUACUUAUUUACGUACUUAUUUACGUUUUAUGCGUUCAUUUAUUCAUUGAAUAUUUAUUUGAACAAGAUUAUUUGAAUCGAGAGAUAGUAAGACUUCAAAUCCCUUAGCCCUCAAGUAAGGACUACCUUUCUUAUUUUAAUGUACCUGAACGUAGCAGCUCUCAUUACCAUCUGUACACUAGAGUAAAGUACAAUAUAUAUAGUUGAUAAGAUUUAAGAUAAUAAUUAAAACUCACCUUUUUCUGUGCACCUUAUAGUACUACAAGGGGGAACGUAAAUCACCUUUAUAUUAUUAACAGUAUAGAGAACAUACUAAACAUUUGUAGGAGAUAAUAACUCCAUGGUAAAUUUUGUGCAUCAACUAAAAGAUAAAAAUAUUAAAUUAAAUCCCAGGACAAAAUACUUUCAUUAACCACCCCACUCUUCGAAUAAUAAAUUUAAUAGAGUUAGCUUGGGAAAAUAGUAAUCUUUGCCACCCCUUACAGUCCUGGGGAGACUAGGAGCGUGGCAAUUUGUAUCAUAGUUAUCAAAUGUGAACUUUUACUAUUAAACGUUAUUUGUAAAUGUUAAAAUGUGAUUCUUAACAGUUAAUAAACCUAUGUUUUGUAUUAUAUUUCAUUAUUUAAUAAAACAGUAUUCUAUAUUUUCAAGACAUCUUUGUAUCUUAG